ACUUUAGCAAGGAGCCGAAUAAGUCGACUCUUGUUCGUGAGCUGAGUCGGUUGAACUGACUCACUGAAAAGAACCGGAAGUUCCUCGAGAGCGCGCGGCUUUUAUGUUGUAAUUUCAAACCGGAAAUCGUGUAGCAAAGCGUACACAUAGCAACGCAGAUAACGUUUCUGAGUACGAUAAAAUACAGAUAUUAUUGCUGUGUUGGUGUUAAAUAUUAGGCGGCGAAUACACGAGAUUUUGAGUGUAAUAUUUUGCAGGAAACAGAAGCUUUUGCACCGUUAUGCCUCGACGAAAGAGGACCGCCUGCAGCAGCUCUGACGGCACGGAGGAUUCGGAUUUCUCAGCCGAGCACACGGACAGCUCAGAGAGCGACACUCACGCCGUGAAGACCACUCGCCUCACACGCUCCUCGCUCCGACUCAGCCAGAGCUCUCAAGCCUCAGCUGAGGUGGUGGAUUUUUCAGUGCGCCGUGUGACCCGUAGCCAGCGGCAGGAGGAGCCGGUCGCGCCCAAAAAAUACCCUCUGCGCCAGAACCAGCCGGAGAGCGAACAGCACGGCGAGGUUUCAGACCGGGCGUCGGAUGUGAAGCAGGACGAAUCUCCUCCCCGCACUCCCACGGGCCUGACGCGCUCCUCCGAGUCCGAGGCCGACGUCUCCAGCCCUAACGCCUCCCAAGACGAGAGGCUGGCUAAAGAGCUGUCAAUCAAAGAGUCAGGCUACGCCCAUCGGCCCAAACGCCGCCGCUUCCACGAGAGCUACAAUUUCAACAUGAAGUGUCCGACGCCGGGCUGUAAUUCACUCGGCCACUUGACUGGAAAGCACGAGAGACACUUUUCCAUCUCCGGCUGUCCGCUUUAUCACAACCUAUCAGCCGACGAGUGCAAGGUGAAGGCGAGCUCUCGUGAUAAACCUGCGGAGGAGAGGACGCUGUCUCAGAGCCAGGACGAGAACCGACACUCCACACGCCAUCAGAUGCGGUACAAAGAGAAAGUGACGGAGAUGAGGAGGAAAAGAAACUCCGCUGCAAUCAAAGAGCAGAAAGACAAAGACGCAGAGGACAGGCAGAGCCCCAGCUGUAACCGUGAGCCGCUGCUGGAGAACAUUACGAGUGAUUAUGACCUGGAGCUGUUUAGAAAAGCGCAGGCACGUGCCUCGGAGGAUCUUGAGAAACUGCGUCUCCAGGGUCAGGUGACGGAGGGCAGCAACAUGAUCAAAACCAUCGUGUUUGGCUGUUACGAGCUCGACACGUGGUACCACUCGCCGUACCCGGAGGAGUACGCUCGCCUCGGCCGCCUCUACAUGUGCGAGUUCUGCCUCAAAUACAUGAAGAGCCAAACCAUCCUCAGACGACACAUGGCGAAGUGCGUGUGGAAGCAUCCACCCGGAGAUGAGAUCUACAGGAAAGGCGCCAUCUCGGUUUUUGAAGUGGACGGCAAGAAAAACAAGAUUUACUGCCAGAACCUGUGUCUCCUCGCCAAGCUCUUCCUGGACCAUAAAACUCUGUAUUACGACGUGGAGCCGUUUCUCUUCUACGUCAUGACCGAGGCAGACAACACGGGGUGUCACCUCGUCGGGUAUUUCUCCAAGGAGAAGAACUCGUUCCUGAACUACAACGUGUCCUGCAUCCUGACCAUGCCGCAGUGCAUGAGGCAGGGCUACGGCAAAAUGCUCAUCGACUUCAGUUAUUUGCUGUCAAAGGUAGAGGAGAAAGUGGGCUCUCCUGAGCGACCUCUGUCUGAUCUAGGUCUCAUUAGCUACAGGAGCUACUGGAAAGAAGUGCUGCUGCGCUAUCUGCAUAACUACCAGGGCAAGGAGGUCUCCAUUAAAGAGAUCAGCCAGGAAACAGCUGUGAAUCCCGUCGACAUCGUCAGCACGCUGCAGUCGCUUCAGAUGCUCAAGUACUGGAAAGGAAAGCACCUGGUCUUAAAGAGACAGGACCUGAUCGACGAAUGGCAGUCCAAAGAGAUGAAGCGAGGCAGCGGCAAGACGAUUGACCCCGCAGCACUGAAAUGGAGUCCACCUAAAGGGACCUAAUGGGCAUCAGCGCCUCUCCAGCACCCCUUUACUCGCACUGUAGUCACUGUUAGAGUCUGCGUAAGGAACUAGUGCAUGCUUAGCUUCAAACGUGUUACGUAAAAAAAGCAGUAGAUGAGUGUCUUCCAGAUCCUGCCUUCCUGCUGAAAAGCACAAAUUCAUGUGUUUCCUGAGUAACUCGAACACAUCAUUCACGAGUGAGUUACAGCAGGAAGUCACACUAAACUGUGCGCUUUACAGGAACAGGUUUGAGAAACACUGAUCACUGGAUUCUCACUGGAUUCUCCCACUCUGUAGUUACUGUUACAUCCGUUACCUGCGUAUGAAACUAAAGUUAAUGUCACUGCUGAAGUCAGCAUACUUUCUAAGCUAACCGUGUUUUCCCCAAAUCCUGCUCCUUUAGUCACACAUUCUGUAUGUGAAACCUGAAAUUUAAACAAUUUUCCAUUUUCCGUAAACACGAUGCACUGAACCACGCAAUGUGUGUGAUGGAUUUAGACAUGCAGUGUGAACAAUCGUAAAGUGGUAGCUAUAAGCUCCCAUUAUUGUCAGCUACAUUAACAUCGUAGCUCCAGUGCAAAGCUUAAAAAAAGCAAAGUAUAUUUGGCAUAAAGGGGGACCAAUGCGUAAAUUUCAUUUUUAAAGAACUAUCGUAUUAGAAUCUGAGGCCCUGCACUGCACGUAGUACAUCCUGUUUACACAGUACAUUGUCAUUAACAAAACCCCUCCCAAUGUUACGUCAGUACUGAAACCCCUUUCAGUAUAUUAUGUCAGUACUGAAAAUUUUUCAAUACUGAAACCCCUUUCAGUAUAUUACAUCAGUACUGAAACCCCUUUCAGACCAUUGUCAGUACUGAAACCGCUUUCAGUAUAUUACAUCACUACUGAAAUCACUUUCAGUAUGUUAUGUCUGUACUGAAACCCCUCCCAGUACAUUAGGUCAGUACUGAAACCCCUUUCAGUAUAUUAUGUCAGUACUGAAACUUUUUUCAAUACUGAAACCCCUUUCAGUAUAUUACAUCAGUACUGAAAUCAUUUUCAGUAUAUUACAUCACUAUUGAAACCCCUUUCAGACCAUUGUCAGUACUGAAACUGCUUUCAAUACAUUGUCAGUACUGAAAUCCCUUUCAGUAUAUUACAUCACUACUGAAAUCACUUUCAGUACGUUAUGUCUGUACUGAAACCCCUCCCAGUACAUUAGGUCAGUACUGAAAUCCCUUUCAGUAUAUUAUGUCAGUACUGAAAUCACUUUCAGUACGUUAUGUCUGUACUGAAACCCCUCCCAGUACAUUAGGUCAGUACUGAAAUCCCUUUCAGUAUAUUAUGUCAGUACUGAAACUCCUUUCAGUAUAUUACAUCACUACUGAAAUCACUUUCAAUUCAUUAUCAACUAAUCCCCUCCCAAAACAUGAAGUCAUUAUUAAAACCCCUUGCAGAACAUUAUCAUUACUGAAACCGCUCAUCCACUGUAUGGUUUAGAAACACAGGAGCAGUUUUGGGAAACACUGAUCUAGACGUACAGACUGAAUUCUUGCUCUAUAGGUGCUGAUAGAAAUGUUUCUAGCAUAGGAACCUCUUCCUGUUACUGCUGUUGUCGUUGUUCUCAGUCCUGCUUCUGCUGUGCAGGUUAGUGGCCCUUCGUGCUCUAACACGCCCCUUACGAGGAUAAAAUGGGCAAAGAUGCACAAAACUGUGCAGUACUGUACAACAUUUGAGACAUUCCAAGCGUGCCAAAUGCUGAUGUGUUAACGCUAAUAUGUAGAUGAGCGUGUCCUGAAGUGGCUGAGAUAUUCCCCCUCUGCAAACACACCUGAUUCACCUCAUCAGCUUAUUUAAACACCUUUCAUAAGAGUGUUAGUGCAGGAAAACUCUGAAGUGUGCAGUGCAGCAGGAAUUACAAACAUGUCCAUGCAUAGCUAAUGCUUUAACAGUAGCAGUGCUACCUUUAUCCUAACUUUAUGAUUGAAAUAGCAGCUAAACACCGUAAAUGUGAAACAUGGUAGAAAAUGUGGGACUACAGCUGCCACUCGCUGUCCAAUCCUGUUACUUAAAAGAGAAGUUGAGCCAAAAAUAAAAUAUCCACAGUGUUCCUCUUACCUGAGAAGCUGUUGAUCAUGAUCAGCUACAAGGAGUGAAGCUUAAAGGCUUAUUAGCAUGAAUGAUUAAUUAUUAAGUGUUCAUCAGUGACCUUUUCUUUGGUCACAGAACACAUUUUGGCUGAUUGACUACAUCUGGUGUAAGAGGAACCAGGUGUACAUUUUAUUUCUGCUCCAGCUGUCUCUAUAAUUUAGCUUUUAUUCACUGUAUUAGGGUGUGAGUGUGUGUGAGAAAGUGAUCUUUGAGCCCCUGUUCGGUACCUUGGUUUUGUUUUUGGUCACUAAAAGGUCACUAAAAGGUACUGAGUCAGUGUUAAUGAUGGUUACAUCAACUAAGCUACACAAUAUCUGGACCUUUUGAUAAAUUAUAGCUAUUUAUAUUCUAACAAUCUAUCAGUAUCAUACUAUGAUACCAUGGUCAUCUAAAAUAAUUCUAUUUAAUAAAUUUAUCUUGCUCAAAUUCUGAAUUUAGCUAGUUGUACAGGAGUUGUACCAAAUAACCCAUAUUUAUAAUUAAUUUAUUUUAUUAUUAUUGACCCAAAUAUUAUAAUUCUGACUUUUAAGGACAAAAAAUGCACCUAUUUUUUAAGCUAAUGAGUUAAGUGGCAGCUUUAGACACUGAUCUCCUGAGCCGUUUAUGUCCUGGGUCGUGUGUGUGUGUGUGUGUGUGUGUGUGUGUGUGUGUGAAGAGAAUAAAAUCCCUCACUUCCUCUCAACCUUCAUGAUGCACUAUAAGCACUCCUGCAUGGUCCUGAUGUCAGCAUGCAGUAUUUUUUUUCCCCAUGUCCUUCCAAAUAAACUGAACAGAUUAAAAGCUUGUGCCGUCCAUCUGGGUGAUCACUUCAGUUACAUCCGUGUGCUGUACUCAUUCAAGUCCCUGUGAAUGAUGUUACCAUAGAAACGAUAAGGUUUUAGAUCAAGCACAUUAAUAUAAACCUGUGAUUUGCAGCUGCACUACUGUCACAGCUGCUGUUAUAGAAAAUUAAAUAAUAACUUCUGACAUUGUGGUGUAAUUCAGGAUGAGCCACAUUGCAUUUUUGAGGUUUACGUUUCAGCUUGGAUCUGUCCAAUCAGAGCUUAUUCUUGUUUGGGAUUCUAAAAUUCGGUGAUCGGCACAAACUGUACACCUAAAAAGUGACUUGCAAGGUAGGUGUACUUGAUACCUGGGAAGCUGGGUGCCAAUAUUAAUCUGUUUCUUUAAAAAAAAAAAUACUGUAUACGUAUAAACAUUAAUAAUUCUAAAGAGUGUUAUUACAUGCUGAUAGAAAAAUACUGUGCAUAUUGUUCGUACUGUUAUUUUAACAGACUUUAAUCUCUACGUACAGUCAGGUCCAUAAGUAUUUGGACAGUGAUAAUUUUAGUAAUUUUGCCUCUGAACACCACCACAAUGGAUUUGAAAUGAAGAAAUCUGAUUGAAGUGUAGACUUUCAGCUUUAAUUCAAGGGAUUUAACAAAAAUAUUGCAUGAACUGUUUAGGAAUUACAGCCUUUUUUUUUUUUUUUUUUUUUGAGAGUGUCCCUCCACAGGCUCAAAAGUAAUUGGAGAAAAUAACAUGAUCAUAAAUAUUAGGAUUAUUUUUAAUACUUGGAUGCAAAUCCAUUGCACUCAAUGACUGCCUGAGGUCUGGAACCCAUGGACAUCACCACAUGCUGAGUUUCCUCCCUUGAGCUGCUUUGCCAGGCCUUUACUGCAGCUGCCUUCAGUUGCUGCUUGUUUGUGGGUCUUUCUGCCUUCAGUUUUCUCUUCAGUAAGUGAAAAGCAGCUCAAUUGGGUUGAAGUCAUCAGACAUUUAAGAAUUUCCCUUUCUUUUCCUUAAGAAGCUCUUGGGUUGGUUUUGUGGUAUAUUUUGGGUCAUUAUCCAUCUGUAUUGUGAAGCAUGGUCCUAUCAGUACUGAGCAUAAAGUACAGCUGUCCACUUCAGAAUUCAUCCUGCUACUUCUGUCAGCAGCCACAUCAUCAAUAAACACCAGUGACCCAGUUCUUGAUUGUAGACUUUGACUAUGGUACACCUACCACCUCCAGAGUGUUCUUGACUUGGUUAGAUGUUGUGAAGGGGUUUUUCUUCACCUUGAAAAGAAUUCUGCAAUCAUCCACUUUAGUUGUCUUCUGUGGUCUUCCAGGCUUUUUGGUGUUGCUGAGCUUGCCAGUGCAUUCUUUCUUUUUAAGAAUGUACCAAAUUGUUGAUUUGGCCACUCCUAAAGUUUCUGCUGUCUCUAUGGGUUUUUGUUUUUUUAGCCUCCUUCACUUGUAUCGAUACCUCUUUGGACUGCAUAGUGAGAAUUCCCAUGAACAGCUACCAAAUGCACAUUCAAUGAUUGGAAUCAACUCCAGACCUUUUAUCUCCUUAAUUUGUCAUGAAAUAAUGAGGAAACAGGCCACAGACUGCUUAUCAGUCAAUUGUCCAAUUACUUUUGAGCCUGUGAAAAUGGAGGGACUCUGUAAGAAAACAUGGCUGUAAUUCCUAAAUAGUUAAUGCAAUAUUUUUGUUAAACCCCCUUGAAUUAAAUCUGAAAGUCUACACUUCAAUCACACUUUGAUUGCUUCAUUUCACAUCUGUUGUGGUGGUGUACAGAGCAAAAGUACCAAAACUGUGUCACUGUCCAAAUACUUAUUGACCUGACUGCAUCUCCUGACAUACGCUGCUACAAUGAAGUAAAGGUAUUUUGUUUUAGUAUUUCGAGAAUCUAUAUUUUUAGUGUUAAUAUAACAGAUUUUCAUGUACUAUAUAAAAUAUAUAAUGUACAGUAGAAGUACUUUAGCAUUUCUGUUAUCCCAGUAACUUUCGUGGAAGAAAGAGAGGGACUAAUAUUUUUGGGUUCCACUUAUCUUAAAGAAAAAAGAAAAUGUGUAUUACUCAGGAUGCCUUAAAUUACAUUAGCUUUAAUCACAAGUCUUCAGUAAAGAUUUUUUUUUUUUUAAUUCCUUUUUGGAUCAGUUGUGAACCUUAACAAGGUAUCUGAUAGUGGGAUAUU